AUGAUUAGUGGGGCUCUUGGGGGUAAAAUAUUGACAUGUUAUUCCUCCUCUCUUGAUAUAGAUGGAACUCCUCCGCGUCUUAAUAUAGAUGGAACUCCUCCACGUCUUAAUAUAGAUGGAACUCCUCCAUGUCUUAAUAUAGAUGGAACUCCUCCACGUCUUAAUAUAGAUGGAACUCCUCCAUGUCUUAAUAUAGAUGGAACUCCUCCAUGUCUUAAUAUAGAUGGAACUCCUCCGCGUCUUAAUAUAGAUGGAACUCCUCCAUGUCUUAAUAUAGAUGGAACUCCUCCAUGUCUUAAUAUAGAUGGAACUCCUCCACGUCUUAAUAUAGAUGGAACUCCUCCAUGUCUGAAAAAAGAUGGAACUCCUCCAUGUCUUAAUAUAGAUGGAACUCCUCCAUGUCUUAAUAUAGAUGGAACUCCUCCAUGUCUUAAUAUAGAUGGAACUCCUCCACGUCUUAAUAUAGAUGGAACUCCUCCAUGUCUUAAUAUAGACGGAACUCCUAAACGUCUUAAUAUAGAUGGAACUCCACCACGUCUUAAUAUAGAUGGAACUCCUAAACGUCUUAAUAAUACAUGGAAGUCCUUCUCGUCUUAA